UGCACUGCUGCAGGCGAAGGACGGACGCCAGUUGCAUAAGUAGCCGCACUUUUAUUGCAUAUCAGCGAUACGAAUCGGGUAUGGCUUCAACACAGCGGGUCCUUCGAGGUGUCAAAACCGCAUUGAACGCCAAUGGGCGAUUCAAAUACAAGUCACCCGAAUCUGAGGUGGAUUAUCUAGUCAUCGGAGGCGGUGUUGUUGGAUUGGGUAUUGCCCAGCGACUUUCCCAUCAACUUCCAGACAAAUCCGUCUACCUUAUCGAGCGCCAUCCUCGCGCUGGAGAAGAGACAAGUUCUCGCAACUCCGAAGUCAUCCAUGCAGGUAUCUAUUACCCUCCUGAUUCGCUCAAAACCCGGCUUUGUCUGCGGGGACGUCAGCUGAUGUACGAACGAUGUAAAUCGCACAACAUACCGCAUAAGAAGACCGGCAAGCUCGUCGUUGCACAUUCAGAUCAGCUUCCUUACAUACGAUCGCUCCACGAGAAGGCACAAAAGCUGAGCUGGCCGCCGCAUUCCCAUCGCGAGGGUCGAACCCCUGUACCCACAGAGCUGCUAUCCGGCGAGCAAGCGCGCGAGCUUGAACCAGACCUUUCGAAGGAUAUUGCUGGCGCUCUAUGGAGCCCAGAAACCGGGAUUGUUGAUUCGCACACUCUCAUGGAGUCCCUGGAGAAGGAUAUAUCCGAAGCAGAGAAUGCGGAACUGGUCUACUCUACGAGGGUCGUGCGGAUCGAUAAGGGGAAGGAAGAAGAAGGAUGGGUAGUGCAGAUGGUCACCGGAGAGGAUGACGUUGAUACUGGGGACUCGCUGCUUGCCAAAACCGUCAUCAAUACUUGCGGACUCUCCAGUCCACUCAUACGCAACGCCAUUCAUCCCCGAGAGCAGUGGCUACCCAUGUACUUCGCCCGAGGGUCGUACGCGUCCUACAAGGGACCGGGCGUUGCAAACGUCUCCAGGCUCCUCUACCCGUGCCCUGAUAAUACGGGGCACGACGGGCACAAUUUCCAAUCUCUUGGGACACACCUCACUCUCGACCUGGACGGGAAGGUCCGAUUCGGGCCCGACCUGGAGUGGAUCGAUCCUGCAGAAGAAGAAGUGGACAAUCCUGAUUUCUGGAUGAAGCACCUUGUACCCGAUGGCUCGAAGAUGGAAGAGAUGCAUAGGGCCGUGACCAAAUACCUCCCUGAGGUACGCUUGGAUGGUCUCGCCCCGGACUACGCCGGGUUCAGGCCCAAGUUGGCUGGUCCUGGAACCGUUGGAGGAUUCAACGAUUUUACUUUCUUGACAGACUACCCAUCUGACACAAAUGUGCGCGCUUGCCCUAUGAUCAACCUGCUUGCGAUUGAAAGUCCGGGCCUAACGGCUAGCCUGGCAAUCGCUGAGUACGUUGUCGAUGACAAGGUGGUUGGGGAGCAUACCACCGAAGGGAAAUGA